AUGGGCUAUUGGAUUUUGAAUGAAACCACAACUUUUUUGACUAUGGUCCUUUGGCUGGGAUUAAAUAUAUACAUAUUUACAGACAACUUUAUCUGGUAUGAAAACGUAGAUUCCUACUACUAUACUCGAGUCAUCCUGGGUUCCUCUUUGGCUUGGGCUAGAGCUUCAGCGAUGUGUCUGAAUUUUAACUGUAUGCUGAUUUUGAUUCCAGUUAGUCGAAACUUCAUUUCCUUACUUAGAGGAAGUAUGUGCUGCAGUGGAAAUAUGAGAAGACUGCUUGACAAAAACAUGACAUUUCACCGACUAAUUGGAUAUAUGAUUGGCCUUCAUUCAGCUAUUCACAUUGUUGCCCAUAUGAUUAAUAUAGAACGAUACCACAGAAGUCAGUCAUUGAAUGCUGGAGAACUAUGUAACACACUGUCAUAUAUUGGCAAUCAUCCUAAUGAGAGCUAUUUAAAUCCAGUCAGAAGAUAUGACACAAACAUAACGAAAGAAACAAUUGUCACACUAGCUGGAAUCACUGGAUUUAUUAUCACAUUGGCUCUUGUGCUAAUUAUAACCUCAUCCACAGAGACCAUAAAAAGGUCAUUCUAUGAAGUCUUCUGGUAUACCCAUAACUUAGCCAUUGUUUUCUUCAUUGGACUUGUUAUACAUGGUGCAGGGCAGAUAGUUCGUGGGCAGACUCCGCAGAGUUUGUUACAGCAUAAUCUUUCAUAUUGUAAAGACCGCUACAAUGAGUGGGGAGAAAGUGAACAAUGUCCUUUUCCACAAUUUUCCGGCAACAAACCAGUGACUUGGAAAUGGGUCACUUGUCCUUUGGCAUUAUAUGUCUGCGAGAGGCUAAUACGUUUUUGGAGGUCUAAACAAGAUGUUAUAAUCACAAAGGUUGUCACACAUCCUUCUGGGGUUCUGGAGAUUCAAAUGAAGAAACGUGGUUUUACCAUGGAGCCAGGACAGUAUAUUUUUCUUCAGUGCCCUUCUGUAUCACACCUAGAGUGGCAUCCAUUUACACUAACAUCAGCUCCAGAAGAGACAUUUUUCAGUGUACAUGUGAGAGCUGUUGGAGACUGGACACAAAGCCUUAUUACGGCUUGUCUGACAAACAGAAAUAUCCAUCAGAAUCUUUUGCAGCUGCCUAGAUUGGCUGCUGAUGGACCGUAUGGAUCAGCAACAACAAAUGUAUUUAACUAUAAAGUCAGUGUAUGUAUUGCAGCUGGAAUUGGAGUGACACCUUUUGCAUCAGUGCUGAAAUCUAUUUGGUAUAAUUCCUGUGAUCCAAACAGAGCGAUGAAACUGGAAAAGGUGUAUUUUUAUUGGCUCUGCCGGGAUACACAUGCUUUCGAAUGGUUUGCUGAUCUACUUCAGUCUUUAGAGGAACGAAUGUCAGAACAAGGGAAAUUUGAUUUAAUUUUUAAGUUUACAUUUUUUUGUUGCUGUCUAUUUCUUUCUGUUACGCAUAUAGCUCUCCAUUAUGAUAGUGACCUAGAUGUAAUUACUGGCUUAAGACAUAAAACAAACUAUGGAAGGCCCAACUGGCAUAAAGAAUUCCGGUGUAUAGCAGACAAACAUCCAAGUGAAAGCAUUGGAGUGUUCUAUUGUGGCCCAAAGUCUCUCUCUAAAAUCCUCAAUAGUAUAUGUCGUUUACAUUCAUCAUCUGAUCCAAGAGGAGUCCAUUUCCAUUUCAGUAAGGAAAGCUUUUGA